AUGGAUUUGCGUAAAUGGGUUUGGAGUGUGUGUGCUGCGUUUGGCUUGGUGCUCACUGUUAGUGAACAUUCGCACUGCGAGAUAACCUGGGAGGUUCCUCGCUUUGACGGCUGGUACAACAGUCUGGGAUAUCCCCGACGCGGAGCUGUCGGUACUCAUCUGAUGCGCCUCGUGCCCGCGCAUUACUGGGACGGAGUCUACCAUCCUGUCCAGGAGCCGCUGCUUCCAAACCCCCGCAGACUGAGUAGGCUGCUGGCGGAGGGGCCCUCGGGUCUCCCCUCCACACGCAACCAGACCGUGCUCUCGCUUUUCUUUGGUUAUCAUGUUACAUUUGAAAUUUUUGACUCAAGAACUCCUGGUUGCCCACCUGAGUUCAUGCACAUCCCAGUCCCAAAAGGUGAUCCUGUCUUUGACCCGACCGCCUCUGGGAAAGUCCUCCUGCCCUUCCAAAGAGGACCGUGGGACAAAGAGUCAGGACAGAGUCCCAGUAACCCUCGCAUACAGGUCAACUUGGUGACCGCCUGGAUAGAUGGUAGCUCUAUUUAUGGCCCCUCCACUUCCUGGUCCGACUCCCGGAGAAGCUUCUCUGGAGGCCUCCUCACUUCAGGCUCUGAGUGGAACAUGCCCAAGAAAGGAGGACACCAGAUGUGGAGCGCUGCUGAUCCCUCUACAAGAGAAGCUGUAGCACAAGGCCUUUAUGAGUUGGGAAAUGCCUGGGCUAACGAGAACGUGUUCACAGCAGCAGAGGGGAUUAUCUGGUUUCGGUACCACAAUCAUAUCGCCUCCAAACUCCACAACAAUCACCCAGAGUGGUCAGACGAGGAGCUGUUUCAAAACGCCAGGAAGACCGUUGUGGCCACAUUCCAGAAUAUUGCUCUCUAUGAAUGGCUGCCUGCGUACCUUAAUGGCAAAAAGCUUCCUCCCUACCCAGGUUACCAGAAGUUUGUUGAUCCAGGGAUCUCGCCUGAGUUUCAGGCUGCUGCCAUACGGUUUGGUAUCACUAUGGCUCCACCUGGUGUUUACAUGAGAAACAGAACCUGCCAUUUUCGGGAAAUUAUCAACAUCGAUGGGAGCACAUCGCCAGCAAUGCGCCUUUGUAACAGCUUUUGGAAACGUCAGGAAGUUAAUAUGAAGAAAAGCCAGGAUGUAGAUGACCUCCUUAUGGGAAUGGCCUCCCAGAUUGCAGAGAGAGAAGAUAAUAUUGUUGUGGAGGACUUGAGAGAUUUUAUGUACGGACCGUUGAGGUUCACCCGGACAGAUCUGGUGGCUAUGACCAUCCAGCGAGGAAGAGACUUUGGUCUACGGAGUUACACUGAGAUUAGAAAGGCUCUGGAUUUGCCUCCUGUAAAUAGAUUUGAGGAUAUUAAUCCUGAGCUCAACCACACCAACCCACAGUUGCUUCGCGACAUUGCAGAACUGUAUGAUGGAGACAUCUCAAAGCUGGAGCUCUUUCCUGGAGGACUGCUGGAAACUCUUGAUGGGCCGGGUCCUGUUUUCUCCGCUAUUGUGCUGGAUCAGUUUGAGCGUAUAAGAAAUGGAGAUCGUUUUUGGUUUGAGAAUAAGCAGAAUGGUUUGUUUACGGAUGAAGAGAUCCAAGCGGUCCGCAGUGUGACGUAUCGUGACGUCCUUAUUGCGGUGACAAGUGCAGAGGCCUCACAUAUACAGAAUAACGUGUUCUUCUGGAAGGAUGGUGACCCCUGCCCUCAACCCACACAGCUAAAUGCAUCAAUGCUCCAUUCUUGCACUAAUGCCACAAAACUUGAUUACUUUGAUGGGAGCAGAGCUGGCUUUGGGAUAUUUGUUAUUGUCAUGUUCCUUUUCCCUGUUGUGAGUUUUCUGGUGGCCUCUACGGUGGCGUAUCUAAGAAAGUAUCGCUACAGGAAGUUCCAAAGAAGAAAGAAAGCUGGUGACAGAACAGAUGAGCCGGCUGUGGGACUCAGUGCACACGAGUGGCAGGGUCAUAAAAAACAGUUGCAGCCCGUCAGCGUGGAGAUCGAUGAGAAGCGGAGGCUGCAGGUCUGUGACAGAUCUGGAACUGCUCACCGCUGCAUCAAUCUGCGCAACCAGGACUACCUAGAUGUCGUUCUCUCCAACGACUGUCAGCAGAAGGCUCUGCUGCUCAAAGUGCCAAAAGAGUAUGACCUGGUGCUGUUUUUUGAUGAAGAGAGCAAACGUAUGGAAUUUGUCAGGCAACUGCGCCCAGAGGUGACAGACGUCAGGCCGGAGGUUAAAGUCAGAGAGAUGAGGGAGAAGGGACUGCUGAAGGAGGCUUUGACCAGAGAGCAGAGGGCUCAGAUUGUUGAAACUUUCAUUCGCCACGCUUUCUCCAAGGUCUUGGAAAUAGAGAAGUGUGACGCCGGAGACAUGAGUGGCAUAUCCCACAAGAAAGCCAGGGAGGUUCUCCAGUGUGAGCUGACGGCGUCGGAGUUUGCUGAUGCACUUGGCCUCAAAUCCGAUUCCUUAUUUGUGGACUCCAUGUUUACACUAGCUGAUAAAGAUGGCAAUGGCUACCUCUCCUUUCAAGAGUUUCUGGAUGUUAUUGUUAUCUUUAUGAAAGGUAAAAACUAG